GCGACCCAGUCGCCCAGACCUCGGGGAUGGAGAAGACGCCGGACAGAGACGUGCUCAGCGGCAGGAUGGAAGCUGAGGGGUCCCAGAACUCCGAGGAGCUGCCACCACCUCCACAGUCCCCUCCACCGCCGCCGUCCCCACGGUCUCCCUCAUCCCCGGAGACUCCCGAGCUCCCACAGCCCAAUGCGCCGACCGAGGUGGAAGCCAGGCAGCUGCUGCUGGAAGAAUGGGGACCCCUGAGUGGGAAGCUGGAGCUGCCCCCGAGCCUCAGCUGGAAGCUGCUGUUCCUGGAACGGCCGCUCUACCGCAACCUGCUCAGCUCACCCAACCCCGAAGGCAUUAAUAUCUACCAGCCGGCGCCCCCUACGGGUCCCACCCGGAAACGCCUGACGGACCUGGGUAAUUUCCAGGGAUGGUAUAUUACUACUGAGAACCUCCAGGGGCCCCUCAGCUGGACUGUGAAGGAGCAGUGUGUGAACCUGCUGGCCAAGAAGCUCUGGGAAGAACUUCUAGAUGACGAACAGCCUGACAUCACCAUCAUGGACUGGUUCGAGGACAGCCGCCUGGACCAGUGUGUUUAUGAACUGCACGUCUGGCUGCUAGCAGCUGACCGCCGCACCGUCAUUGCCCAGCAUCACGUGGCCCCUCGGACCAAUGGGAGAGGUCCCCCUGGCCGCUGGGUUCAGGUGUCCCACGUCUUCCGCCAGUACGGUCCCGGAGUGCGCUAUGUCCACUUCCAGCACAAGGCCAAGAACCGCAUGGAGGCUGGCGGCCUUCGGAGGACAAGGGUGACCGACUCCUCCGUGUCUGUCCAGCUCCGGGAGUGACCACUGACUGGGCUCUCCAAGUCUGUCACCAUCCUUUGGAAGUCUUGGUUUUUGUCACUUCUGAGUCCUUAGCAUUCCCGUGAUGCUACUGGUUCC